AUGCAAAGUAUAAAAUAGCUAUUAAUAGAUAUACUAGAUAAUAUUGAUCAAGUACUAUCAUUUUCAUUUUAGGAUGUUGUUGAAUCUUAUUAAUAAAUAAAUAAAUUGACUACCAAAGAGAUUUGUGGAUAGUCUGAAAUAUAAUAAUAUGAUUACAUACUUUAAAUUGUAGCUUAUUUGAAUCGGUUGCUAUGUUAUUUAAUACAUUUAUAGAAUCAAAAUACUAUUUGAAGAAUAAUUAGAUGAACAUAUUAAUAAUGAUUAUGAAUCAAUUAUCCAAAAUCUUGAAGCAUCAAUACGUUCCCAUAUAAGAGUUGAACAAUAAUAGAAAUUGCAAAUAGAGAUUUUUACCUAAAAACUUGAAGAAAUAACUCGUGAAAAAGAUCUCAUCAUAUAACAACAAUAAGAUAAAAUACUAUCAUUAGAAUAGAUUAUAAAAGUAUCUAUCCAUUAUUUCUAGGACUAAAACAAAAAGCUAUAAGAAACUUCCCCUGUAGAAAUUAUACAUAAGAAAACUCCUUCUGCUUUUGAUAGGUUGGGUAAAUUCGUUCAAAAUAAGGUUUAAAAGAAUAUUCAAAAUUCUACUUAGGACACAAAUUUCAAGACUUUCUUAAAGGCUUUUCAUACUGAUGCUGAUCGAUCUAUAUCCAAAGGUAGAAGAUAACUAUCAGCUAAACGAGAACUUGGGUUGCAGAGAAUAAAUGAUGAAACAUAAUUAUAUCCAGAAUCGAAAAUUACUGAAACUGAAAGAUAAAGAGAAAAUGUGCGACACAAACUUUAAAGAUCAGAUAAAACCAAUGAAUUGUAACAUCAAUCACCUGAAAAAUAAUUGUACUUGAAUAAAUAUAAAGGAUUAUCUAAGGUUAAUUAAUUGAAUAUUUUUAUAGUUUGAUAUAAUAAAAUAAGAAUAAACAAUUUCUAGUUAGAGUUUUGAUUAAGUAGGUAAGAAUUUAAUUGCAUUGUAAAAAUAAAUAUCUAAUGGUCGCUUAAAAAAUACUUAAGGAACUUAAUUACUUAAAUUUUUAUAAAAGAAAUGA